AUAAAUCACAAGCACUUUUUAAAUUGACUUCAAAUAGGAGAAGGUGGAGUCAUACAUUUUCUGAAAAAUAUCCAAAAAUACAAAAAGUUCAAGAUGAUAUUGAAUUAGUUGGAAAUGCUGAAAUGGAUAUAGAUGAAACUGUUCAUCAAUUAAAUAAUUUAAAAAAAAAUCUUGAUGUAAAUAUAAAUAUUGAAAAAUUUCUAAAAAAUAGAAUUGAAGAAAAACAAAAUAUAAAAAAUGCCGGUCAAAAAUCAUUAGGUGAAUUUGAUUGGUUAAGUCAAUUUUCUUCGGGUGUUGAUUGGAAAUCAUUAGUAUUUCCAGCUUGUCUCCCAAUUACAACAGAUUAUUUUCCUGACGAUGUCACACUUCAAUCAUACUAUGUAUUUUCCAAUUAUAAUUUACUACCUGAAGAUGUAAAUGCAGAUUUUGCUCAACAAAGAGCUGUUUACCGACAGCCUUUAUCUACUUUAGAAGUAUUUUACCAAAUGGUAUCUCAGCGUUUAGCUCAA